CCCACAAAAAAAACACUCAUUUCCUUCAUUUCCUCUCUACAUCUCUCGGAUAAUAGACCAAUGCAAUGUUGCCUUUAUCCCUGUUGAACACCUCUCAGACCCAUCCUAUAUUGGUGGAACUGAAGAAUGGCGAAACUUUCAAUGGCCAUUUAGUCAACUGUGAUAACUGGAUGAACCUGACAUUAAGAGAAGUUAUCCAGACAUCCUCGGACGGCGAUCGCUUUUGGCGUUUGACUGAAUGUUAUAUCAGAGGAAGCACUAUCAAAUAUCUUCGUGUUCCCGAUGAGAUCAUUGACAUGGUCAAGGAAGAAGCCAACAGACAACGUCUGGCCAGUGGACGCAACAGCAAUCGUGGAGGUGCAGGACACGCUGGAGGCGAUAACCAGCGUGGAGGUCAUCAUCAUGGAGGCAGUGACCGUGGUGGUCGUGGAGGCGGUCGUGGGGGACGUGGCGAUUACAAAUCUGGUGGUGGACGGGGUGGUUACAACAACGACCGUGGUGGACGUGGAGGUGGUAUGAGAGGGCGGGGAAGAGGAGGUGGUCAGGCAUAAGGGAAAGGAAGAACAAAGAUGAGA